AAGAAAACCGAUUACAGGAUUUGCUGUUUCAGGUUGGCGAGCAGGCGAAGGCCGCUUUGGAGGAUCCUUCGAGACGAGUAGGCAGUGAUGAGGAAGAAGCAAACCGGAAGAAGGAAUUCGAAGACCUAGAGGAGCAAUUGCGCGACGCCGAUGAGCGCAUUGCUUUUCUUGAGGAGCGUGAACGCACCUUGUCCGCUGACCUGGACAACGAACGCGCAGCUCAUCGAGAGGAUAUGCUCAGACUCGAAAAUGAUGUGGAGACCUUGAACAUGGAGUUGGAGCAGCAACGAAGGAAAGGACAGGAGAUUGAUCUGACAGGAGGAGUAGGGACGCCCUUUCAACAUGCGCCAGGAAUUUCCGCAGACUCACCAGCUACUGCAUCAACGAAGGACCAGACCCCGGCCGACGACCACGAAGCCAUGGUUCGACAGUAUCAGCGGAAAGUUUCAGACCUAGAAGAGGAGAUCCAACGAGGAAAGGAUAGGUUAGCCAAGGCAGAGACUGACUUCGAAACCGCAAAGGGUCAACUAGAAGCUGAGUAUCUAGCAAAGAUGCAAGCUCUGCAACAGAUAACAACCGCAAGAACUCACUCUCUAGAUGAACAACCACCUUCGAGCACGGCCACGGACCCGCGUGCACAUGCGGAAAAUGACAUCAACAUCGACAAUGGCCUUGAACAGCCACAGGCUACUAGAAAUGCCUCAACUUCUUCGAGAAAAAGUGGAGCUUUUGCGCUGCUAGACGAAGACUCGUCUGCGACGCCGUCUCAAGCUUCUACUUUGAGGACUAAUACACCACGUGAGGCGGGUCAUGGUGCAGUAGCAGGUGAAGACAACUACGUUUUCGGAGCUAGUAGCCGCGACGUCCAGGAUUUGAUGUUCCAGGAAGAGAUCUCCCAAAAGCAGAGGCAAAUCAUCGACUUGCAAGUGCAGACACAAGAGUUGCGCAACGAACUGCACGAAAAAGAAGAAACACUUCGAGAAAACGAAGCGACGUAUAUGACGGAGUUGCAGGAACUGAUCCAGAAAAACGCCGCGGACAGAUCCGCAAUAGAGCGCGAAUUCGAAGCGAAGAUAGGACUUCUUACGAGUAAUGUGAAAAUAAAGUCGGACGAGAUAGAGCAAGCGGAGGAGCGACUGUUCAAGCAGAGUGAGG